CAGUUUGGAAGAGGUGGAAGCUACGUUGGCCAACAUUCCUCUGCUGCCGAGCCUGGCAAAGCAAGUCUCCCAGGACCCUAUGACCUCCAUCUCCAGCUGCAAGGAUAUUGAAGAGCAGAGGGACAACAUGACACUACUCGACUGGCUGCAAGCGCGUGGUUCCGGUGACACCGUCCAACAACUCUCGCAGACUUGCAUGAGAGACAUUCAACAGUUCACCGAAGAAACUGUCUCCAACAUACAGACGCCUCUUACAAAGUUGAUGGUCAGCUUUGGGGACAAAAACAUGAGGACUAUCCAAGGCCUUCCAGAGAGGUUUUCUGGUCUUGACAAACUCCUCAAUAAACUCUCUUGUCUUGUGAAGGAACAGGGAGACCUCGCAGAGGCUAUGGAUAUGAAUUCCCGAAAAGCCAACAUGCUGGGAGACACAUCCAUUCUGCCAGACCUGUGCAUGAGUCACCGGCGCCAGUUAAUUAUAAUGCAGAGAAACCAUGGGAAAAUCAUGGAGAUUAACUGGCGCGUGGAUCAUGCAAAGAGGGAGAUGAUCAAGAUCCUGAAUGGACGUUUGAAAUGGACAUACAGUGUUCAGUGCCAGAUGGCAGCAUUAUUAGAACACACUCACAUGAGUUCCUCCGGGUUGGCGACACUGAAGGAAAAGCUAAACUUAGUUCAGCAGAUCCACACUGUCCCUAGGCUCUAUUUCACAGCUGUGGAAGAAGUCGUACGCAGGAGAAAAUUCUCUUGUACAUUUCUUAAGUGGGCCAAUGGAAUCUCUAGUCAACUAAGCUCAAUUCAUGCAGCUGAAGUUGACAAACGUGAGCUCUUCCAGACCCUAUUUAAAGACCACAUUUUGAGCAGUCUCUUUCCUGGACUACAAGACUUUCCUCCACCUUUUGCAACCCAGGCUCCAGAGCCAUUUGAUACCAAACUACCCAAGCUGGAAUUAGACAAUGUAAAGAUGCUAAAUGAAGAUAUGAUCCCAGAUUUUUCCACACCAGUUUCUUUGCCUGAUUUUAAAGCCCUUUCUCAGUUCUUUCAGUCAAACUGUAUUAUAAGCCCAAAGAAACCAAAGGAGGAGGAAUGCUUGUUGGAAGAAGAGAGAGCAAUAGAACAACCCUUGGAGAGCCAACCCUCUGGGUCAGGAACAGGACCUGAACUGGAAUUAAUAAACUCGCUAGAGUAUACCGAGAAUAGAGUAGAUUGCAAGGAAGAUGAAGUGAGUCAGCUGCACCAGACGAAGGAGCAAGUACAGAAAUUCAUAGCCACCGUGAGGAAUGAUCUUGGUUCGUUGAAGGAAUGCCUUCACAGUGAGCACAAUCACGUCCACAGCCUACUGCAGCAGUUGACCAGUGCAUACCGCAGUGAGGCGGACAUCAAGGAUCAACAUAUCUAUGAGCUGAGACAGGAGGUGGCCUGUCAAGAAGCGGAAAUUGAAGAGUUGCGGAAACAAUUGGCAAGGAGUCUGGAGGCAGGAAAAAGGGAGAGGGAACGGAGAGAGCAGGCGGAGGCCGCAAGGAACCAGGCAGUGAGUGAGGUCGCGAGACAGCUGAUCCAGGAUCACGAUCGAGAGAUGGCAGCUGCUCGCACUCGCUUCCGCCUUGUGGCCACAGCCACAUCGAUGACCGCUGCUAUAUUAAGCUCAUUUUGGAGUGGAUGGGUGUAA